AUUCGCUUCUUCCUCUGCUCGACUGGUUCACUUCUCUUUCUCUUCUCUCUCUACUUAUACGAGAAGAGAAGAGAAAAAGCCAGCAGAAUUCUUAGAUCUUUCUCUUUGAGAUUUCCGUUUGCGUGAAAUACACAGAUAUCGUUGCUGUCGAAUUCGACACGCGUGCAAAAACAUGCUGAAAGCGGUGCUGAAGCUGGACUUGCAUGAUGACAAGGAGAAGAAGAAGGCCAUGAAGAUAGCCUCUGGAUUUGCAGGGGUCGAGUCGAUCGCCAUGGACAUGAAGGACAAGAAGCUGACGGUGGCCGGAGGUAUGGAUCCGGUGGAGCUCGCGGAGAAGCUGAGGAAGCAGUUUCCCACGGAGAUAGUCUCGGUCGGACCGGCCAAAGAGGAGAAGAAGGACGACAAGAAGAAAGACGGUCCGGACAAGAAGAAGGAAGAUAACAAGGGCAACAAGAACGAGCAGCCGAAAGCCGCGAAGCCCGAUCCGCCCACAGUCUACCCGUUUCCAUACGGGUUUUAUAGACCUCCUCCUCCACUACCCUCGCCCUACUACGGGUAUUAUCAACCUCCUCCCCCACCACCCACGUACUACUAUGGAGGCUACGUAAGUGUAGAAGAGGAUCCAAAUGCCUGCGUCAUCUGCUGAUUCGACGUUUCGCUCAGAUCUUUUGCAUGGAAUAAGUAGAUUUGGCAGAAGAGAAGAUCUUGAAACCUGGGUCAAGUGUCCGAUAACUAAUCUUUUACCGCUUCAGCUGAAAAUUACUACGGCUUAGAGUUCUUGUGUGUGCAUAAGUAUAUCAAAAUUCUGGGGUUGGUUGUUCUCUGAUGUUAAACUGAGGAUUUUGAGUGUACUCUGAUUUGCCUCCUGAGGAAUACGCUUUUCUCGA